AACCCGGUUCCUCACCUCACUUACGACUCACCCGCCGCCUCAACCCUCCCCCAUUUCCAGCUCGCCGCUUCCUCACCCGCCGGCCGCCGCCGCCUCUCCCGCACGCCCGCCGCACGCCGCCCUCUCCAGUUCUCCCGCACGCCCCGCCCCUCUGAAGUUCUCCCGCUAGCCGCCCCUCUCGCCUCACGCCCCGCCUGCCGUCUCCCUUUCCAGUUCGCUCUUCGCCGCCGCCUCACUCACCCGACCACCCACUCCAGUUCUUGCCUCCUCCGUCAUCUCGCCGACCAGCUCGCUGCACCGGUCGCCGCCGGAACCCACGAAUCGAUCAGAACCCAAUCCGAAUCUAACGGCGUCGGCGUGAAGGUUCCUGCCAAAUUUAGAAGCCCCCAACUCAACGCAACUUUUCAACGCGAAAGUGAUCGAGGAACUGUGAAUCCCAAUUCUUUUUCGCCUCAAUUUCGAGUAAAUCCCUAAAACUUAACUGUAUUGAUCGGCUCUGAAAUACCCACAGGAUGUUCUCAAUCCACAGGAUGCUCUCAAUCCAAGGAUUGCUAUUUUGCCGUGCAUUUAAUCUUAAAUGAAUGUUGAGACUGCUACCCGUCUGUAAGGAUGGGAUUUCCUUAAAAUAUCUGUCAAGGUCAAGUUGUUACCUCUUACGUUGUUACGUUGUGAGCUGCACCGGCAAUUUGUCUAAUGGCAAUGAUGAAAGAAACAGAGAGAUUGAUGUUGAGGGGCUAUUUAGAGCUUGCACAAAAUCUGAGGACGUCAAGUGCCUUCAUGCUCUUCUUGCUGUAUCAGGGAAAGCUAAAAGCUCUUUUGUCGCCACCAGGCUUAUCAAUAUGUAUUCCUAUUUUGGCAAUGUUUCCUUGUCUCGAGAUACUUUUGAUCAAGUCCGAGACAAGGAUUCUUACACUUGGAACUCGAUGAUAUCAGCUUAUGUCCGAAACCGCCAGUCAAAUAAAGCUGUGAAAUGUGUAUCAGAGAUGCUGUCAAGAACUGAUGUUAGACCUGAUUUUCAUACCUUCCCCCCUGUGUUGAAAGCUUGUAGUGCUUUACCUGAUGGAGCAAGCUUGCACUGCCGUAUUUUGAAAUCAGGGUUUGAGUGGGAUGUAUUUGUGGCUGCUUCCUUGGUGCAUAUGUAUUGCCGUUUUGGAUUUGCUGAUAGGGCCUAUACAAUUUUCAAGGAUAUGCCAUCUCGUGAUACAGGAUGUUGGAAUUCUAUGAUUUCUGGGUAUUUCCAAAAUGGUAAUGCUAAAGAGGCAUUAAGUAUCUUGGAUGACAUGAUACUGGAGGGAGUGAAGAUGGAUUCAAUGACUGUUGCUACUAUUCUCUCAGUUUGUGCGCAACUGAAUGACUUAUUACGAGGUAUGCUGAUCCAUUUGUUUGUCAUAAAGCAUGGUUUGGAGUUUCAUGUAUUUGUUUCCAAUGCCUUGAUUAAUAUGUAUGCCAAACUUGGUGAGUUAAAAUGUGUCCCAAAUGUCUUUGACCACAUGUAUGUUAGAGAUAUAGUGUCAUGGAACUCCGUAAUUGCAGCAUAUGAGCAAAAUAAUCACCCAUAUGUUGCAAUCAAGCUCUUCCAUCGGAUGCACUUGAAUAAGGUUCAACCAGAUUUGCUGACUCUAGUCAGCUUGUCUUCAUGCGUUGCUCAAAUGAAGGAUCCUUUAUGUGUCAAAUCUGUUCAUGGAUUCAUCACAAGGAAGUGUUGGAUUACAGAAGAUAUUGUUAUUGGAAAUGGAGUUAUUGACAUGUAUGCCAAAUUAGGCAUUACUGAUUCUGCACGAAAGGUUUUUGAGAGGAUUUCUCGUAAAGAUGUAAUCUCAUGGAAUACAAUGAUCACGGGCUAUGCUCAAAAUGGUCUUGCUGCUGAUGCUGUUGAGGUAUACCAUAUGAUGAAAGAACAUGAGGAUUUGAAACCUAACCAAGGGACCUGGGUCGCCAUUUUACCGGCUUAUGCGCAUCUUGGAGCUCGGAGAGAUGGAAUGAAAAUCCAUGGUCAGGUGCUCAAGGAAAACCUUGAGUUGGAUGUCUUCGUGAGUACUUGUCUUAUAGACCUAUAUGGAAAAUGUGGGAGGCUGAGUGAAGCGAUAUCCUUAUUUUAUCAGGUAUCUAGGGAAACCUCCGUACCUUGGAAUGCCAUAAUCUCAUGUCAUGGACUUCAUGGACUCGGAGAUACAUCCUUGAAAUACUUUGAGGAAAUGCUAAACGAAGGAGUGAAGCCAGAUCAGGUGACCUUUUUGUCUUUAUUGAAUGCUUGUAGCCAUUCCGGUUUGGUUGAUCAGGGAAAAUGGUGUUUUCAAGUGAUGCAGCAAGAAUAUGAAAUCAUACCCACUUUGAAGCACUAUGGUUGUAUGGUAGACAUGUUUGGUAGGGCUGGACUUUUAGAAACUGCAUAUAAUUUCAUUGAGAGCAUGCCUAUAAGACCUGAUGCGUCAGUAUGGGGAGCUCUACUUGGUGCUUGUAGAAUCCAUGGAAAUGUGGAGAUGGGUAGAAAAGCCUCGAGUCACUUGUUUGAACUUGAUUCACAAGAUGCUGGGCACUAUGUUUUGUUGUCAAAUCUUUACGCAAACUUUGGGCGAUGGGAAGGGGUGAAUGAAGUGAGAUCGCUGGCUCGGGAUAGGGGCUUGUGGAAAACUCCAGGGUGGAGCUCAAUUGAACUGAAUAGCAGGGUCGAAGUCUUUUAUUCAGGUAAUCAGUCUCACCCACAGUAUGGAGAGAUACUUAAAGAACUGGGAAUGUUAAAUGCUAAGAUAAAAAGCCUUGGUUAUAUCCCAGACACUAGUUUUGUACUACAGGACGUUGAAGCGGAUGAGAAAGAAAAUAUCCUUGCAAACCACAGUGAGAGGUUGGCUAUUGUGUUUGGAAUCCUCAAUACACCACCUAAAACUUGUAUCAGGAUAUACAAGAAUCUGCGUGUAUGUGGGGACUGUCAUAAUGUCACGAAGCUCAUAUCAAAACUCACAGAAAGGGAGAUUAUCGUAAGGGAUUCUAAUCGCUUUCACCACUUCAAAGACGGGCUUUGUUCAUGUGGUGAUUAUUGGUGACAUGUUGAUUGACGUCUAAACUCUCCAUUGGUGUUGUAUACAUUCAGUGCGAGCUGAACUUUGCAGUGUGACUAGGUUGUCCAAAGUGUUUGUGGAAUGGAGAGUCAAGCUGUGAGAAGAAGAGCGAAUGUUAUUGCAGCCCAUCUAGCUUCUCAUGAAGAUAUAUCAGCCACUGCCACACACGUUUUCCCCAUGAGGUGUAGCAACAGUCUGAACUCCGUCAUCCGGGGAGAUACGACAACAGGAUGUACUUUGCUCGGCAAGGCUCAGAUUCUCAAGGUUACCACAUGAGACAGGCUAUGAAUGAACAGGGCAACUACGUGCAACCCAGCAUGCCUUCGCAAUCCACGGAUUCUGGAAAGAAGGGGUCUACUUCUCUUGAUGCACCAUCGUAUGCUAGGCCUGCUCGAGUGGAACCCGGUUUUCCACCUUUCAGAAGCAUUGAUGCUUCGGAAGGUCCUGUGUAUGCAAGGCCAACUAAAGAAGAAGGAAAACCCGUGUUCAACUCUGUGGAAAAUGAUCGUAAUGUUGCACAAACAGGUGAGGAAACUAGUUGGUUGGAUUGGUUAAACUUAGCAAUUCAUGCGUACUACUUAGAAAAGUUAAACUUAGAAAAGUUGUCGCCAAAAGUAGUCUCUGGCGACUACUUUUCUAAUCGGCAACCUACGUGUAAGAAAAGUGUAAGACAUUAUACAAAAAAAACGAUGUAAAAUUAUUCACACUCAAGGGAAAUCUAGACCUUGACUUUAAUUUGGGCACAAGAUCAAGUUCUUUAUAAAAGUGAGCAUCUUUAAUUAGAAGUUUUACUCA